AAACAAGGCAUGCUUUCUGUCUCUGAUCGGUUGUUUUUGCUCAUGCACAGUGGUUAGGUUUUAGUUCAAGAGACUAGUUCAAGUACACUCACCUGUUAAUAUUUUUAUUCACAAACGGAAACAUUAGGAUUACAGCAUGACAGAACGGGCAAACAACUUUCCUCCCCUGCCUAAAUUCCUAAAAGUGAAGCCCUGCUUUUAUCAGAAUAUCCAGGAAGAGAUUCCCGAACCCCAUCAGCAGCUGGUGCAGCGAAUCUUCAUACUUUGGAUGAUGUAUUCUGGGACGCUGUGCUUGAAUGUGAUUGGCUGCAUAGCGUGGUGGGCUGGCGGGGGUUACGCCUCCAACUUUGGGUUCUCGUUGCUCUGGCUCGUCCUUUUCAGCCCUGCCAGUUAUGUCUGCUGGUUCAGACCCAUCUACAAAGCUAUCAGGGCGGACAGCUCCUUCAACUAUAUGGCCUUCUUCUUCAUCUUCUUCCUUCAGGUGGUGCUGUCGUUCAUCCAAUGUUUGGGCUUCAGCAACUGGGGCAUUUGUGGCUGGAUUGCUACGGUGACGUUUUUCAGUUACAACGUCGCCGCCGCCAUAGUGAUGCUUCUCACCACGCUGCUAUUAACGUUAGUGACCACCUUAAUGGUGGUAGUGCUCAUCAAGGUUCACAGACUGUACCGUGGCAGUGGAGGGAGCAUGACUCGUGCUCAAGAAGAGUGGGGCACUGGCACAUGGAAGGAUGCGCUGGUGAAAAAGGAUGAGUUCAGCCCUGUCGACCGGACCGCUCAAGGCCCCAGCCUGCCGGAGUACCCUGCAGCCGUUCCCAAUUAUCUGGAAAACCGCAGUUGGUAAUUGUCCGGCCCCAUUUUUUUUACCUGUGAACGCGACUGGACCGCAAUAGAUGCAAGAAAUUUCAAAUCCAACCCAUACCUCGUUCACGGAGGACAGUAUUUUCUUUGUAUACAUUUUUGGAACACUAAACCCCUUAAAAACAAAAAAAAAACCCACACAAUUUCUUGAUAACGCUCCCGUCCAAAGAGGUUUUAUACAGUGACGCCUUGUGGUACGCGUUCGUUUUUUCGUGAGCUCUCUGGUCACACAGUACACAAAUAUUUUUUUUCCCACUGAAAUGAAUGGAAAUGUCAUUAAUUUAUUCCAGCCUCUCAAAUUAAACACAAGUGUUGGCAAUAUGUUUUAAAAAAACACACACACACAAGAAAAGUAAAUUAAGGUACCACUGUUGUUUGAACCAUAAUCUACCACAAAGUAUGACUCACCUUAUAACAUAAGCCUUGAAAAUGGGUUGCUUACAGAUGAUUUUUUUUUCUUUUUAAUGCACCAGAAGUGUGCAUGUACAUGCACUUAUGGUGAAGACUCUGUAAUUUCACUGACAACCCAGGCUAAAUUUAGCUCCUCCCUUACAUAUAAAGAUCUCAAUCCCUCUGUUGAGCUGUAUGACUUCAACCUACUUUCUUAACAAAAAUUACUACUUUCCUUUUAGCGAUGGCUUUGGCAGCAUUAGUCAGCAUCUUAAAGCCUAGUAAAAUGAAAAUAUGUUAAUAGUUGAGUUUUUAAGUGAAUAGGGAGGAGGGCGAAAAAGACAAGUGAAUUUUUGAAUAGCAAACCUUGAAUAGUCAGGGUUUGUUAUAAUAUUGAGCAAUGUUAUCGUGAUGUCUGUCAUGUGUAACUGGAAUGUAAUUCAUAAAAAAAUCAAGGGUGGAAGACUUUGAGUGGCAGAAAACACCAUCAAACACUAAUCUUUGUCCGUGUAACACUAAUGCUGGGCAGGAAUUCACAUGCAAUGGCUCCAUCUGAGAAACUGCUUUUGUGUUUUGGUAUGAGCUGCUGCUGUUUUGGUUAGCAACAAUGUUCCAACUGGGCGCAGUGCUUUGUACAUUUAUAACGUCGUUAACCUAUUAUCUUGUUGUCUAAUUAAGUAAGUGGUCCUCAAGCUUUUAACACAAGCUACCACCGUAAUGACUAAUAAAAAAAAAUACUGUUGGGUACUAGACCAAGGUGUUCAAUGAAAACAAACUGGAGGUAAUUAAUAUUGUAGGCCACUCUAAUAUUGAUAGUUUUGAGGAGACGAGAGUUGCGUAAUGAUUCCAAUGUAUGUAUUUCAGGUUAAAGUGUACCUAAUUGUUUAAAAACAAACAGUUCUAAAAGAUGGAAAGCAAAUGUAUUCAACCUAAAAGUUAAAGACAACUUGACUGCACUUAUUACACAUACUUUUCUGAAUUCAAGAAAAGGUUGGAAGCCACUGCAACAUUAUACACACACUUUGAACAUUUCCAGUAAUUCAUUGAUUCUUUCACGUACCACUAGAGGGAGCCCAUGUAUCAAGUGGUGCUUGUACCGCAGUAUGAAAUUAACACACAGUUUCAACAAACGGUAAAAGUCCAGUUGACUUAAUUCAACCUUUUUAAUGUUGAACAUGUACAAAAAUAAACAAGUACAAAACUUUGAAAAGUAAAAUCCAGUAAAUUGAAAAUAUAUAGUAAAACAAUUCAAUGUAUCAGUUUAUGAACCACACAGGCACACGUAGACUGAAGUACCACAAGUACCUUUGUGGAUUAACUUGACGUGUAUGACUGAGAAGAAAGAAAGAAAAAAAAAAGCAUAGUUUUUAACAAAUACAUUUUUUGUGUUGAUACUGUGACAGUUAAUGUAAAAAUGACUCAGGCGAUUAUACUAUUAGGUUAACGAUCAGUGAACUCAGGUGAUUAGUUGCUUUUUUUUUCCUGAUGGGAAAAGGGAGACAUUUUGAGGGAGGUUUUUAUCGUUUAGUCUUAAAAGUACAGACCACUAUUUGAGGAAAUAUAGUUAAUUAUUAAAUUGAAACAUUUCCUUUGAGAAGCCCACCAUGACAAAUUUUGUUCAAACGGGGAGCAGUUUUGAUGGCAAAGGGCGUGUGCCUUAUUUACUACAUAUUAUUACGUCUUAAGACAUCUGACUGGACAUUUGCUGAUUUUGAAUAUAUUACAUAUUUUGCAUGUGAUGGCUUUUCAUUCCCGUUUUGUGAACAGCGCUGCAGAAUGUUUUUUUUUUUUUUUUUUUUUUUAAAUCCUAUUUUGCUUUCUGUACAUUGACUUUUUGCCCAUCUGAUGAUUCCAGAUUGUCUUUGCAAAGAUUUAUUUUGUGCCAUCCAGUGCUUGUGGGAUUUUAUUUCACAAAGUGUCCUCUGGUGUAUUUUGAGUUUCAACUUCAGUACAAUUUUUUUUAAUAGAUACAGGUACAUUACAGUACACGCAGUAUUGUAUGUGUAGUUCAGUCAAUACUAUGCAUGUUCCACAAAGAAGGCUGUAAAUGUCAAUCUCAAAAAUAAACACAUUGAAUGAAAAUAAAGGUUGCACGUGGUU